AUGAACCUUGAUCUACUUAAAGUAGCUAUGGCUCUGAGAGGUUUGAAAGUUUUGGAAUUCAAUGGUUUACUUCCAGUUCCAUUUUGUGGAAUGGUGCUGGCUGGUAGUGUUACGAGAAUCGACAAGAUUGGAUUCGACACAACUUUAGACUGCCUUGGAAAUGGUAAAAAAUCUAUUAGUCUAGACCUGAAACAUCCUAAAGGAGUUGACAUUGUGAAAUGUCUAUCUCGUAAGUCUGAUGUUCUUAUAGAACCGUUCCGCAGAGGGGUCAUGGAAAGACUAGGAUUGGGACCGGAUGUGCUAUUGAAAGACAACCCUGAACUAAUAUAUGCUAGGCUAACCGGCUAUGGCCACAUAGGACCUUACAGUAGAAAUGCUGGUCAUGAUAUCAACUACCUAGCAUUAUCGGGCUUGCUCUCUACAUUUGGCCGUUAUGGUGAAAAUCCCAAUCCACCUGUUAACCUACUAGCUGAUAUAGGAGGUGGUGGACUUACUUGUACAUUAGGCAUACUUCUUGCACUGAUAGAAAGAAGUAAAUCUGGUUUAGGCCAAAUUGUAGACAACACAAUGGUGGAAGGUUCUGCAUAUUUGGGUAGCUGGUUGUAUCGAGCCAAAAAACACCAGCUCUGGGGUAAUGAAAGGGGCAGGAAUACUUUAGAUGGCGGAAGACACUAUUAUGAAGUAUACAAGACCAAGGAUGGCAAGUUUGUAACUGUGGGUGCGCUGGAGCCUCAGUUUUAUAAAGUACUGCUCAAAGGUUUACAACUCACAGAAGAAGAAGCCCCUCAAGUAAGCAGUUCUAGAGAGUAUGAAAAGGUGAAAAAUAUCUUCAAGAAGAAAUUUCUAGAAAAAACUAGAGACGAAUGGAGUGAGAUUUUUGGAUACACAGACGCUUGUGUUGCCCCUGUUUUAACAAUUGAUGAAGCCCCUCAUUUCCCUCACAAUGCCAUUCGAGACUCUUUCGUCAAAACAGGGGAUAUAGUUGCUCCAAAUCCUCAUCCAAGAUUGAGUAACACUCCAGGAGUCUCCAAAGCUACGGAACCUUUGCCAGAAACUGGAGAACAUACCAAAGAAAUUUUGGUUGACUUGGGUUUCACAUCUGAGGAAAUUCAUCAUCUUCAAAGGGAUAGGGUUAUUGAAUGCUUUCAAGCAUCUUGA